AUGGUAGAUGAUAAAGCUCCAAGUGAUGAGUUCACUAUAGCUUUAUUUAAGGCAUGUUGGGAAGUAGUUAAAGAUGACAUCAUGAGCUUCUUCCAUGAGUUUCAUGAACAAGGUAAUUUUGAAAAAAACCCUAAUGCUACUUUCAUUGCUCUUAUUCCAAAGAAGCCGAGAGUGGUGGAGAUUAAGGAUUUUUGCCCUAUUAGCUUGGUGAGUGGAAUGUACAAAAUUCUUUCGAAGAUUUUGGCUAAUAGAUUGAGUAUGGGUAUUGGAGAAGAUCAUUUCAAGCUUGAGAAUGCCUUCGUAGUAGGUAGGCAAAUCCUUGAUUAUGUUCUCAUUGUCAAUGAAUGCUUGGAGAGUCACAUCAAGUCAGGUGUUCCAGGGUGUGGACUUGGAGAUGUUGCUCUUGGAUCAAAUUUUGUAUAUCCAUUGUACACUUUUCAUUUUGGUGAACGGUGGAUUUAUAUCUGGCUUUGUAGUAGGGAUGCAAGAAUCGGCACACUUGAGAUGACCCACCUCUUGUUUGCAGAUGAUUCUCUUGUAUUCUAUGGUGCUAGUCACAAUCACAUUCACGCUUUGCGGGCUCUUCUACUUUGUUUUGAAGUGACAUCAAGAUUGAAAGUGAAUCUCGCCAAGUCAGAAUUAGUUACAAUUGGAAAUGUUCCUAGUGUCUUGAGCUUCGCCAACAUUUUCGGGUGCAAAUUCUCUACCUUGCCAAUGAACUAUCUUGGUCUUCACUUGGGUGCCUCCUUCAAGUUGCAGUCCAUUUGGGAUAGGGUGUUGGAAAAAAUAGAGUGGAAACUGAGCAGGACUCCAUUGGGUGAUGCCACUAAGGGUUAUGGAUUUUUUGGCCAGCUGGCAAGACAUCCAAGGUACCACUCAAAUUGCUGCUAUGUGGAAGAUGAUGUCAAACUGUCUAUGGUGGUGCAUAUGGAUGGAAAAGAAUAG